AUGCCGACUAAUCCUUUCCUCGUCCCACCGCGGACCUCGAGCAUCAAUGUUCGUACCGGCGACGCUGGCAACAAUCGGAGAGACCACAAGACCCGUUCUAUGCACAAGGCCCAGAAGAUCUUAGGGACUAUGGAUAUUGCCCUCGAUAACGACUACCAUAGACCACCGGAUAAGAGAGCUAGUAGAAGCGCCGGAUACCUGAAUGCACGGGAGACUACACAUCAGCAUGAGGAUGAACAGGAAGCAUCGCGUCCCGCGAGCGUCCGGGUUCAAUCAUCCUCGCCGCAGCUUAGCCAGGAGUAUCGAGACCAAGCUGAUUCGACUUCGGCUUUCGCGCAGCUGUCCAGGAAACUACACCUACCCGGGUCAUCCUCUGGCAUGAAUGCUCGAUCUGGUUCGCGAGGGAAUGCCGAUCCAAGCGCCAGCCCCGGUAAAGACCAUGCCGCGGCCGCCGAUAGUCGGACUGUUCCGGAGGGCGGACUGAAUCCAGCAUUCAAACAACCCAAAGGACCAAUGAAGGACACCAAACGGAAAGGGAGACCUCCAAGGAUUGAUCUUUCUUUGCUGUUUCCUAAACCCCAAACAAACACUACAACUCUUCUUUCCCCGCAGCGAAUGGUUACAUCACCGUCCGCUGUCUCUUUCACUUCCGAACUCCCUGCCGAGCAUCACACCUUGAAGGCAUACAAAUCGGAAAGCCGUCUGGCUGGAAAGAGACUCACCAAGGCGCCGCCUCGCCAAAGAGCACUCAGCCGCCCGGAGGAAAAUAUGCUACCGCUCGAUGACCUUUCAAGUCAGACGGCUCCACAGCGCCCUCCAUCCGUGUAUAACCCUACCAUGGAACGGACAGUUCGUACCACCGAUAUGGACCGCGCCCUUAUGAAGAACCUCGAUGCCGCGCCAACGCCACGAUCUCCGGAACGUGCAUUCAAUUAUAACCAGAUGAAUUUCAGUCUGCGCGGCAGAGAACAACUCCUGAGAUGUGACUCCAGCUUCGCGACAGAUAAGUCUGGAGAAUCAGCACAUUCGUCUCAGCGAACUUUACGUGACCCUGCGUUGGCCAAAGCUCUGAAAGACGGCCCUGAACUUGAGCCUUCGCCAUUCCAUUUUGGCCUGCCCGAUAGGGCUCCCCGAAGCAAAGGCAACUCCAUGUCCAAGAAGAGUAGCAGAAGCACUCUGAAAAACCGAGACUUGACCACCUCGAGUGUGCUUUGCCUUUCCUCCUCUGAAGAUGAAGAUGACGAACCGCAGCCCGCCAAGUCCCAGUCCGUGCCGGCCAAAAACAGGAGGGAUAGUGUCAGUACAUAUGGUGGUUACGAGGCUGAAAUAUGCACUGCUGCUGCUGCGCAUACUAUCAGAGGAACAUUGAGAAGUGUAGAACGGCCCUCUUCGAGCACUACUAAGAGUUCACGUGCCAGUUCGAAGCAUCUUCGAGCUCCUCCCUUGGCUAAUGGAAACAAUCAGUCACGCCGUUCAAGCGGCACUCCGGCCCCCCUCGAACCUGAUUUCCUGCACAGCGACCCGAUUUUCGAUCAAAGCAAGGUCCAGACAAGAGCUUCGGGGUUGUCACAGAAAGAGGUCAACAGGAGAAGCCGCCUUAUAGCCGUGACCAGGCAGGAAGAGCGCCUUCUGGACUUGAUGAGACAACGACAGGGCAAGAUUACCCCGAGCAUUCUCAACGAAAAUAUCGAUGUCGAUCGUCGGUCGAUGUUCUCGAAUUUCUCGGGCCCUUCUCGAAACUCAUACUACUGCACCGACACCUCGUUUUUACGUCUUAGUGCUUGCAUUCCUCCCGAUUCGGCACGUGCAAGUCAAGUCACGAUGAAAUAUAAGGAUACAGCCGCCUUGACUCCAACGGCUACAGACUUUGAAGCUGACGAGACAGCCACAAAGUCUGUCCCGUCACCGCAGGCCAGCUUAUCCUCAAAGAGCCUUCCUUCUCCUGCUACCACUUCUACGUCCCCUCUUACGCCAACCCUUCCUAUUCACCGCUUCUCGCCCCUACCGUCUCAAAAACCUCCCCCGCGUCUACCUCCCCCUCCCAUUCCCGACCUUCAAAGAAGCCACUCGAGAAGACGUACAGACAGCAGCGGCGCAAUUGUUCUGGAUAACCCUACCGAGGAUACCAGACAGAGCGGCGAAUUUCCUGUCUGGGCACUGGGAUGGGCUAAUGACAACAAUAAUCUGACCGCGUCUGUCUCGCUCCACUACUCACUAGUCAUGGUCAAUACUUUGCAUGUACGGUGA